AUGGAGAUUUUGAACAUGAAUACACAACAAACGAAGCCACAAGAGAUGGUGAAACUUACAAAUGGUCAAUUUUAUGACGGGAGUAUUCGGACAGUGAAGCAACGAGCUCAUAAAUUUAAUGCAAUUGCAAUUAGCAAUAUAGGCGCAUCAUCUACAAGCAAUAUCCCAAUACCUAAUAAAUUGAAUGGAAGUAGUAAUAUAAGCAGCAUGAUAAAAGUCAACAAUACUAAGAAUAGUGAAAAUGCAAAGAAAAAUGUGACAAUAAAUAACAGCAGCAGCGUGACUACUGCUGUAGCUGUUGAUAAAAACAAUAAUAAUAAUGAAGAUAACCAUAACAUUAAAAUUAAUAUUGUUAAUAAAUAUACCACAAAUAAAAAUACGACUCAUGUUGCCACAAAAAAUAUUAAUACAGAACAGGAAAAGGUUAUUAGUGGAAACCAAAUUGAAUUGGCAACAAAAAGUGACAAUAAUAUCAUUGGAACUAACAAUAACAAUACAAGUAAAGUGUUGCUUAACACAAAUGACGUAAAAAUUAAAAUCAAUCAAUUAAAUCAAACAAAUGUUGCGUCAGUUCAGCCAUCCACUAAAUCAAAAGCUCCUUUACCGCCACCUCUAAUGUUAACGAACUGGAAUGCAACUGGUUGGAUACGAAUAUAUUGUGGACCAGAUCGCUCGGAAAUUUCCAUUGAAGAUCCAAAUAGAAUGGUCAUGGUUUAUGCCAAUUCUACGACAAAUGAAGUUGUCAAGGACAUGGGACUUCCGGGGGAUUAUACGAUGUGGGUUCAAAUUGGUGAAAAAUCCAGACGAUUGGAUGAUUUAGAGAAGCCGUUUCAAAUACAGGAAGAGUUCCUUAAACAGAUAGGAUAUUUUGAUGAAUCAAGAAGAUCAAGACUUGGAAUUGAUCCUGAUCUUAAAUAUCUGAUUAGAUUUCAUAUCGGUCCAGUGGAUAUUCCGUUAUGUAAAGGCGCCAAAAAAUGUGGAAACAUUGAGCUACUUAAAGGUCUCGUUUUCCCUCAAUGGAGACGAAGAACAAUUGCAAUAAUUGGAACAAAACUUAUUGUCUAUCCAGCCAAUCAAAGUUUAAUGCCAGAGAUGUAUGAGCUAUCUGGUUCAGAAAUAUUUGAACAUAGUCCCGUUUACAAUCGAUUGAUUAUAAAAAUUGUGCCAAAAAUUAGUGAUAGUCUUAAUAAUACGAUGGAGAAUUUGAGUCGAAAUAAAAGUGCUGAAUGCUUAAAUGCAACGAGCACUAGUUCUGGUAGUCCAAACAGUAGUUUGAAUGGUCAUCAUAACAGUAAUUUAAGCGUUAGCUCCCAAAGUUCAGAAGUUGUGUUAUUCCUCGGAUUCGAAGAAUCGUGGGAGCGUGAUUUAUGGUCUAAUUGGUUGAUGGAGUACGUCUUGUUUAGUCUUGAAGAUUUUGUCAUUGUGAUUAGAUCGAAGUAG